ACCUUAGGGUACCAGUAACCAAGAGGUAGCUCUCGUUGCCAGUCGAUUUCUGUUCAUUCGUUAACACGCAUUUGAACCAGCGUAGUGUCUACCAAGUUGAUACAUUGACUCUUGAUUUUAUGGUCAUCAGUUAAAAUCAGUUGGCAAAGUUAAAAUGAAGAUUUAAAAAAUUACGAGAUCGUUAACUGAAUAAAAAUAAAUCAAACUAUUUUAAUAAUUAAUUAUAAAAUAUUUAGCUACGACUAUUGUAAAUAAUAUUUAAAAGGUGCUUUACCCCACAACCAAUUGUAUGGAAUAUUUUUAAUAAUCUAUUAACGAGAAUUUAUUUGACGUACAACGACACACAAUCACGACAAUAACAAAUAAAAAUGUUAGCAAAACUAUUUGAAGUACAUGGAAGAUUUUGUGCGGGUCAUCCACUGGAAGUCAUUGUAACAACGUUUACAUUAACAGCAUGUAUGCUCAACUUGGACACCGGAAACACUCUGUCAAAAGACGGAAGAUUUUCAAGUACAUCCAAUUGUUGGAAUGGACGAUGUCAUUCUGAUGAUUAUAAUGCAGUAGAUGUCAUUGUUAUGACAAUAAUUCGAUGUUUAGCAAUUUUAUUUAGCUAUCAUCAGUUUCGUAAUCUCCAAAAACUUGGAUCGAAAUACAUCUUAGGUAUUGCUGGUCUAUUCACUGUUUUCUCCAGCGUGGUAUUCACCACUAGUGUUGUUAAUUUUGGUCGCAGUGACGUUUCUGAUCUCAAAAAUGCUUUAUUCUUUUUUCUACUACUCAUCGAUUUAAACAAAGCUGGAAUAUUAGCACAGCUGGCACUCAGUGCAAGAAGUCAGGAAGAAGUGAGAGCAAAUAUUGCUCGUGGAAUGUCACUUUUGGGUCCAUCUAUUACACUAGACACAAUAGUAGAAACACUUUUAAUUGGCAUAGGAUCUUUAUCCGGAGUUAAACGACUGGAAGUUCUCUGCAGUUUUGCUUGUCUUGGAGUCGUUGUUAAUUACAUCGUUUUCAUGACAUUUUAUCCUGCAUGUUUAUCAUUAAUAUUAGAGCUGUCGAGGAAUAAUAUUGGUGUGAGCACUUUAAGUGCUGAUAAAAUAUUGAUGCUCCACUCGUUCAACGAAGAGGAUCAAAAACCAAAUCCUGUUGUAGAACGUGUUAAAUUGAUAAUGAUUGCUGGUCUCUUCGUUGUACAUGCUCACAGUCGUUGGCCUUUUAGACAAAGCGACGAUGAUGAUACAGUAGAGAGAACUCCAUUACCAAUAAGCUCACACGUCAUAAUAACAAAUCACAAUAAAUCGAAAACCCCAGAUGAUUUGAAAGAGCAUCUUAUGAACUGGCUGUCACUUAGCGCUGAUAAUAUUGUUAUUUUGAUACUUUUAUUAGCAUUAGCACUUAAAUUUAUUUUUAUUGAAGAUAAAGGUGAUAUUGCUAAACAAUUGCAAUGCAACGAGAAAACUGAAUCUCCUGAAAGUAUAUCACCAGAAGAUAACUCCAGUGACGUAAUGCAUUCAGCAUCUCUUGAUGUUUCCUUGAGACAAAGAUUUGGAAAUUCUUUGUCAGGUAUUCAUACGCCAAUGUUUCCCUUAUCUGCAAUGGGUGAUAAUUGGAUUGAAGUAGGUAAUGAGUCCCAAAUAGAGCUUGAAGAUAAAGAAGUACAAACAGAUGUUAAAGUAUCAAAUCUUGAACCAAUUAAUAAUGAUGAAGUUGAAGAAACUAAUGAAAAAGAACCUAGAAGUAUCGAAGAAUGCUUGGCAAUUUAUCGUUCAGAAUUAGGAGCAAGUGCAUUAACAGAUAAGGAAGUGCUCCAGUUGGUCCAUCAGAAAUAUCUUCCCGCUUAUCAGUUAGAGAAAGCAGUAGAUAACAUGGAAAGAGGUGUUGGUAUACGUCGACUCCUCGUAAAAGCAGCUGCAAACUUUACAAAUGAACUAGCUGAUUUACCAUAUAAAAGCUAUGAUUAUACUAAAGUGUUAGGAGCAUGUUGUGAAAAUGUUAUUGGUUACAUACCAGUUCCUGUUGGAAUUGCAGGCCCACUUUUACUUGAUGGUAAUCUGUAUCAUGUGCCAAUGGCAACAACAGAAGGUUGUUUAGUAGCUUCUACGAAUAGAGGAAGUCGUGCAUUAUUAAAAUGUGGUAUUACAAGUCGUGUUGUUGCUGACGGAAUGACACGUGGUCCAGUAGUAAGAUUUCCAAAUAUCGUAAGAGCAAGUGAAGCUAUGGCAUGGAUGCAAAAUGCAACAAAUUUUGCGGAAAUGAAGAAAACUUUUGAUAAAACUAGCAGAUUUGCUAGAUUAAUCAAGAUUCAUGUUCGUAUUGCCGGAAGACAUCUGUUUAUCAGAUUUGUCGCUAAAACAGGCGAUGCUAUGGGAAUGAAUAUGUUAUCAAAAGGAACUGAGAAAUCUCUGCAAUGUGUACAAACUUAUUUUCCAGAUAUGGAAAUUUUAUCUCUCAGCGGAAACUUUUGUACAGAUAAAAAGCCAGCAGCAGUGAAUUGGAUUGAAGGUCGUGGAAAAAGUGUUGUAUGUGAAGCUGUUGUACCUGCUGAUAUCGUAACUACUGUUUUGAAAACUUCAGUUCAUGCUUUAGUAGAUGUUAAUAUCAGUAAAAAUAUGAUUGGAUCAGCAGUAGCUGGUAGUGUUGGUGGUUUUAAUGCUCAUGCUGCUAACAUUGUAACUGCCAUUUAUAUUGCUACUGGUCAAGAUCCAGCACAAAAUGUUGGAAGUAGUAAUUGUAUGACUCUGAUGGAACCUUGGGGCGAAGACGGUGAAGAUUUAUAUGUUUCUUGUACUAUGCCAAGUAUUGAAAUUGGUACAGUUGGCGGUGGUACUGGUUUACCAGCUCAAGCCGCUUGUCUUUCUAUGUUAGGUGUUAAAGGACCUCAUGAAGAAGAACCUGGUAAAAAUGCCAGUAAGUUAGCGAGAAUUGUUUGUGCCACUGUUCUUGCCGGAGAAUUAUCACUCAUGGCUGCAUUAACCGCAGGUCAUCUAGUCAAAAGUCAUCUAAAACACAAUAGAUCGUCAACAACAAUUUGUAAUCCUGUAAAACCCAUACGAAGUGAUAAGUUGUGCUUAAUGGUACCAGAUAUUCCAUUAUGUACAUCUAAGGAUAACACAGAUGAAAACAAUCCAUCUUAGUUUAAAAAAAACUUGGACUUAUUCUUUUAAUUUGUGUUGUGAAAGAUAAAUUAUUAAUUUACGAGAAUAUGUGACUGCAUUAAUAAAGAAGAUGUGAAUAUAUUUUAAUUUCGGUAAUUAAUUUUAAGAGUAAAAACAGAUAAUAAAUGCAGUAAAUAUUUCAAUAUCUAUCUAGAAACUAUGUUGGUAAAGUGUAGUUUUAAAAAAAUUAACUAAUGAGUAUUUACCAAACAGUUUUUUCAUAAGAGAAAUUGAAUAUAAUUCAAAAAGUUAUUAAAUCCCAUGAAUUUUCCGCUUUUAAGCAGUCUUCCAGCUUAAAAUUUGUUUCUCAUUCGAGAAAAUAAAAAUUUAUUCAAGUAAAUCCGUACUAUGAAAUAUCAAAAAAAAA